AUGGCAGCCCUCUCCCUCGCGCUGGCAAGGUCCUCAUCGGCUGGAAUCUCUGCCAACCUUCAACCUUUCAGGCUCGCGCCUGAACGGGUGGGGGUGUUGCCGGCGGCGCGGGGCAGCCCAGUCCGAGCGGGCCAGCAGCGUCAGAGGCGGCUCUGCGGCCCGGCUACGGGAGCCGCCUUUGCGCUGUCCGCGCUGACUCGGGCAGGCCGACGAGGAGCUGUCAUGCCCAUGCGGGCCUCGAGCUUUGGGUCUCUUGAGCCUGAAGUAUUGGCUGCAGUGGAGGUUGUCCAGCGCUCCAUGCAGUUGGUACAAGCGCUGGCUUGCGAUAUGGACGUUGCUCCGCCAUCGCUGGGGAAGGAGAUGGAGGCGUGUGACGUGACGGCUGGCAUUUCCGCCAUCAAGCCAGGUGACUCGACGCCAGUAACUGCGGCGGACUACGCCAUUCAGGGCCUUGUUUUUGAGUAUUUGCAGAGGAAGUUCCCUGCAGACAGGCUUAUGGGAGAGGAAGAUGCGGGAGACCUUCACGCUGAUCCUGAUCUCUGCCAGCUGGCACUAGAGCUGUGCUCGAAGUUCAGUGAGACAACCAUCAUGCGGGAGCCCUUCUUGGCUGCUGUGGAUGCAGGGAUGGCACCCUCUGGCGACAGUGACAAUGGUCGUGUCUGGGUUCUGGACCCAAUCGAUGGCACCAAGGGCUUCAUGACAGGCCAGGGAUACAUGAUUGGCUUGUCGCUCUUGGUGGAUGGGGAAGUGAUCAUGGGAGUGAUGGGCAAUCCCAACGCGGUGACCACUCCGCCCAUCAUGCUUGCAGUCAAGGGCCAAGGCCUCCACUGGUGGCCUGGCGAGGGCACAGGCCCGCUCGACUUCGAGCCCCCCAAGCCAAACUGGGCAGCGCAAGACUUCCCGUUGCUUUCUUCGGCAAUGGCAGAAGGCUGCGACUAUCCGCCAUGGCUGUUGUCUCCGCAGAGCACGCGGGAUGCCUGCAGGCCAUUUGGUGACGCCCCGGCGUCGGACCUGUGCUGUGGAUCGAUGGUGAAAUACUUUGCAGUGGCCGUGGGAACUCAUUGUGGAUAUGUACAGUAUGAGGAGCAAUUGAAGACUUGGGAUCAUGCCUGUGGCAUCAUCUGCGUCCAAGAGUCUGGGGGUGCUGCAUCUGUCACAGACGCGGCCAACAAGCAUGUCACCUUCCCUGGACGCAGGUUCUCCGUGCACGGUGGCAUCGUUUCAUGCUCGCGCUGGUGUACGCCACAGAUGAGAAAGCUGCUGAUAGAGGCAGCUGCUGGAAAUGCGUUAUAG